CUUGCCUUUCACUUUUCCACAUUUUUUAGAUUACGGAUUCAGAGUUUCGGCCUGCUGUUUUUAGGCUAGAAUAUUAUUGUAACCCUAACAAGAAAAGAAUAAAAAAAAAAAAAGAGUGCUGCCAUUGCAUAGCUUCAGGCAUUUCCAUCAAGUUUUGUCGGUAGGAAAUGGAUAAAUCGCUUUUCCUUUUUGAAACAUUUGCUUUGCAGCGAAGCGAAGCAUAUUAUAAAAUAUAUAAAUGGAAGCAAGGGGAAGCAUCAUAUUUAGCAUACACCUUUGUCAUAUCUCUCUCAAGGGAAUAAUCUCUGUCCAAUUGUGAACCAUUUAGACAUUUGGAACAAUUAGCCAAAUGGCAUGGUUUGUCCUUUCUAGCUUCGUCGACAGGACCAUUGAGAUGCUACAUUCUGAAGCUGUGCAACAAAUUGGUGUGACGGAUGAGCUUUCAGAACUCAAAAACACCAUGUCUAGUAUAAAAGCUCGACUUUCUGAUGCAGAGGAGAAAGAGGAGCUCGUCGAUCACCGGCUAUUCGUUGACCUUGAAAAAGUUGAAGAGUUGGUGGAUGACUUGUCCAGUGAGGCUUUGAGACAACAACUUGCAGGGACUCUCAGAAGGGACAGUAUUACCAAGAAGGUAUGUACUUUCUUCUCAACCUCCUCAAAUCAAGCUGCCUCACAAUACAAGCUAGGUGAAAAAAUUAAAGGUAUUAACAAAAUAUUAGCUCGACUUAAAGCAUCUUUACUUGACUCUGGUCUGGUGGAGAGACAUGAGGAGAACAUAGACGUUGUCACUAGAGGGAAGGAGCCUACUCCCUCAUAUGUACAUAAAGAACAAGUUAUAAUUGGGAGAGAUAGAGAUACGACGGCAAUCAAACGAUAUCUUUUUGAUGUCGCCGAAAAUAGUGAAGAGAAGAAUGUAGAGGUGAUUCCUAUAGUAGGUGCGAGGGGUAUUGGAAAAACCACACUUGCUCAGUUGGUGUUUCAUGAUGAGGAGGUGGUGAUGCAUUUUGAUUUGAGAUUGUGGGUAAAUCUAGAGACAUAUCAAUUGCAGCAGAAACUUGGUAAAAUAGUGAGGGGAAAACGUUAUCUCCUUGUACUUGAUGACGUGUUGAUUGGGAACCCUCUUAUGUGGACUAGUUUGAAAAAUUUGUCAUCAGGUUGUGCAAAUGGGAGUAGAAUAAUAACAACUAGUUCAUAUUGGGAUGCAGAAAUUGAAAUUACAAAAAGUAUAGGCACAACAAAACCAUAUGAAUUAAAGCCAUUAGAUGAAGAAGAAUCUUGGGCUCUAUUUAAAAAGGUGGUUUUUGAGAAUGGAGAGGAGAAGCAAAUCAAUUCCCAGAUUGUGAAAAGAAUUGUUGAAAGGUGUGCAGGGUCUCCUUUUGCCAUAAAGACAAUAGGAAGGAUGUUACAAUCUAAAGAUCCGGAAACAGAAUGGUCCACCUUCCUAGAAACGGAUAUAAUUUCAAGAAUCCAUAGAGGAGAUCUUAAUUCAUUUGAAGCGCUAAAAAUUGUUUGGGAUAACUUCCCAUGGAAUUUGAAAAAUUGCUUGGCCUACUGUAGCUUAUUCCCUAUAGAUUUUGAAAUUGAUGUUAAAACAUUAAUAAAUCUUUGGAUAGCACAGGGGUUUAUUUAUCCAUCACCAGGAAGACACAUGGAGGAUGUGGGUUAUGAGUAUUUUCGAAAUUUAUGCUGGGAAUCCAUCUUUCAAGAAGUUGAAAAAGAUGAGAAUGGCAUUGUAAGUAAGUGCAGAAUGGCACCCCUCAUGCACCAAUUUGUAAUUAAGGCAGCAGAACAAUUUGUAAUACCAGAUCUUACAACUUUUGAAGAACUCUGGUUGCCACAACCUGGACAACUCGGGUCGCCACAACUUGGACAAUUCUGGUUGGCACAACAUGUCUCGUUUGGCUUUCAUCUAGAUUCAUCAUCAAUCCUUGUAAGGUUAUUAUGGGACAGAGCAUACAAUUUACACACAAUUCUUUUGCCUAGUCAGAUGCGUUUGGAAACUGAAGAGACACUAAGUGAGUCAUUUUUCGAUGUGAUUAUCUUACGUCAUAAAUUGUUACGUGUAUUGGAUUUGCAUAAUUUAGGGAUCGAAAUGUUGCCGGAUUCCAUAGGCAAGUUGAAACAUCUACGAUAUCUCGAUGUCUCUCAAAAUUCAGCCAUUAAAUCAUUGCCAAAUUCGAUUACCAUGCUGCUGCAUUUGACAGUGCUGAAACUCUCCUCGUGUUACGGACUCCAAGAAUUGCCAAGAGAUAUUCAUAAACUAAUCAGCCUCAGACAUGUUGAGAUUGACUGGUGCUACAGUUUGACUCAUUUGCCACGUGGACUGGGUCACCUUACUCAACUUCAGACAUUAUCAGAAUUUGUACUGAGUAAGGACAAUCGCCAUUCAUGUUCGCUAAGCCAAUUAGCGGCACUGAACAAUUUGAGGGGAAAGCUCAAAAUUAAAAACUUGGAAAAUGGCAUAUAUGAUUCUAAGGCUGCAAUAUUGAAGGAGAAAGAGCAUCUUACAUCCUUAACACUAGCUUGGGAUUUGGAUGUCCCUGAAGAUACAGCAAAAUAUCAAUUGGAUCUCCUGGAGCCUCCUUCCAAUAUCAAAGAAUUGCUUUUAGUCCGCUAUGAUGGUAUCGAGUUUUCCAAUUGGUUUUCCUCACUCAACAACUUGGUUAAAUUCUCGUUAAGAAAUUGUAAAUGCCGACAUCUACCGCCCCUCAGUCACCUUUCAUCUCUUAAGGUUUUGAUUCUAGAUCAGAUGACUGAUUUGAAGUGUAUCUCCAACAAGUAUGAGAAUAAUCAUCCUUCAUCAUCAUCAGCAUCAGCAGCAGCAGCAGCAUUUUUUCCAUCCCUGGAAGAACUUAGGCUUACAGAAUUGCCUAAUCUUGAGGAAUGGUGGGGAGGUGAUAAUUCUUUGAAGGCAACUGUAUCAUCAUUGCCGUCAUUUCCUCGUCUUUCUAAAUUGAUGAUUGAAGAUUGCCCCAAGUUGAGUUCCAUGCCUCUUUACACUCAUUUAAAAGAGUGGCUAGUGUUGGAUAAUACUAGCUUGGAGACAUUCCAACACAUAAUGAAUCCAUUCACGUCGUCACAAGUACCCUCAGAGACAAAUAAAGAAUGGUCAGCAGCAUCAACCUCCUCUGCAGUUUUUGCUUCAUCUUCUCUCUCCAGAUUGCAAAGUCUCUGUAUUAUUGGGAUUAAGAAGCUUGACAUUAGCUACAGUGAUGAGAUUAAAUGGGAAGGCCUUAGAAAUCUACGCUUUCUGAGAUUUGAUUAUCUACCAAAACUAAAUGAGCUUCCCGAAGGUCUUCAACAUGUUACCACCCUCCAAGAACUCCAUAUCUGGCGCUGUAAUAUGAAGACUCUUCCAGAAUGGAUAGGGAAAUUCAAGUUCCUUACAGCACUUGGAAUUUCAGCGUGCCCUUACUUGAAUUCACUGCCUGAAGCAAUAAAAAGCCUCUCCUCUUUAAUGACGCUGGAGAUUGUGGAUUGUCCAAUCUUAUUGGAAAGAUGCAAAAGUGAAAAUGGUGCAGAUUGGCAUAAGAUUGAACACAUUCCAGAUCUGUUUUUCCUAUGACCUCAAUCUUCUUCCUCAUCUUCAAGUGGUCAAAAUUAGCUUCAACAAUGAUGUACAUUAUCGUGUCUUGAAGGCUGUUGUCAAUAAAUCAGAGGAGCUGAUCUAGGUUCUGAAACAGAGUUGUCAUUUUCUCAACCAUUAGUGUCAUGAAGGCUGCUGCACUUUGAAGAGAAGAUCAAGAUGUGAUGUUUGAUAGCACAGAAAGCUAUUUGGAGCAACAGAACAAGAGAUUUCAGGAGUUGAUGGACAGGAUAUAUAGUGUCAGGUACAAGCAGUUCUUCAAUUAAUCCUCUCUUUUCUCAAUGUUUAUAUUCUUCUUAUUUUAUAGGACCUUACUCUAUAUUGUAACUUCGAGUCUUAUACUUUAUCAUAUAUAUGUUUGUUAUAUUAGCUCUCUCUAUAUAUAUGUAUAUAUUUAUUUUAAUUUUCCUAGCUUUUAGGUUGCUACAAUCUUUAUUAGUGUAGUAAAUUAAAGUGCGAACAGGGGUUUGAGAUGAAACACAAGUCUGUGUGUUGCUAAUACAA